AUGAGUACACCUUUGGAGAGAAGGAAACUAAAAUUUUCCAACACGACACGAGAUGAGAUUCGAAAUGAUUUACUUAAGGAUGUUGCGUUACUUAGUAGAUCUCAGGGACCAAAUCAACAAUUAGAAAGUCUUAAGACUGAUGCUACCAAAAGGGUACAAUUACUGAGUCAGAUCAAAGAGGAGACAGAUGAUUCUAACAUAGAACAUGGUUUAAGGAAACUUCGAGAAAUCAUUGUCAGUAUGAUGAGUGAUGGUGGUCACGAUAAUCAAUUAUUAACAUUUGCCGAAGAGGUAUAUAUUAUGUCAUAUGCAUUCUUCCUUAGGAGAAAAGAAUGGGGAAAAGUUGGAGGUAUCGUCUUAGAAUUUGCCAAGGAUAACUUACACGACUUAUUUUAUGAGAGGGGUUUCCUUGAAGUAUAUAUAUUGUAUCUUUCUCAUUUGGAGCAUAAUUUGACAAAGUGUAUAGACAUGAUACUACAAGGACAGAAAUACAAUAUUAUUAAGAUUCACACUGCAUUACUGAGACUCUCGGUGAUAUAUUGUGAUGAAACUUCACCACCAACUUUAUGGUUUCGAAUACUACAAGAGUCUCAACUAAAAGAGAAGUAUCCCCAAGCCUAUCAAUUGUUAGAAUACUCCGGAAAAAUAGCAGAAAUGCAAGAAAGAUGUUUCAACAUUAUAAAAGUAUCAUACAACCAAAUAAGUUGGCAAUAUUUAGAAGAAGACUGGCUCCUAGGGAUACCAAUGAACGAGAAUCUCCGCUCUACAAUUGAGAACACCUAUUUGAUUAUCAUGAACAACAACGGCUCCAGAACCAUCAUGCUUAAAAAACCCAAGGCAUGA